UACUACAAACAACUCAGAAAUGGUGGCAGUCUUCAGUCUAUAAUUCCUGGUUUCUUUUUCCACCAGUGUUUACUUUAGUAACGAUGCCGGGGAUGUGUUCUGUGCCGGGCUGUAAGGGCUACAAGAAGGCCAGGUCCCGGGGAGUCGUAUUCCACUCUCUGCCUACAAGAGACCCAGAGCGCUGCAGAAAGUGGUUAAAGGCCAUACACAACCCCAAAUUUGACGAAAACACACCAGUAAGUAAAUACGGCAACGUACGAGUCUGUAGCCAGCAUUUUAAACCGGGAGAUUACGAACCGGACAUACAGGCAGAACUAAUGAAAACAACGCCCCGAAAAAUCCUCAAGUCCAACGUAAUUCCGUCUGUUUUCUCUGGAAGACAGCAAGAGGACCUCAGCACCUUUCUGCCUGCAGGUGACAGGAGCCGGACAGAGUCGAACGCUCCCAGUACAACUGCUCAAGCCUCUACCUCAGUGGUUUCAGAUCCCAGCGUGGACAGUGUGUUGCAAUGGGCCUCUGUGUUAACAUCAAUUUCCUCAGGAGCUUCAAGCACCUCAUCCCUGUCCCCUCCACCAGCUCAAACCAGUGAGAGUUUGUGCAGUGUGGCUUCGGUUGAUUGUCUGAAUGAGAGCUUCCACCAAAGGACUGAAUCCAGCUCGACCGCGGCAUUAAAAUCAGACAAGAACACAGAAAAAGACUUGAGUCAGUCAAAGACUAUUGUGAAUGACAGUUGUUUGAUGGAGCUGUUCAAGAAGUGUCAGACAUGUGGACAGACCAUAACCAAAAAGAAGGUGUCUCACUGUGGUGCACAGAAGAAGGUGAGGUGGAGCUGCCUUGGUGGACACAGGGGCAUAUGGAUGUCAUCACCUCACCUUUGGGAGGCAUUUCCUGAAAUCCACCUUCUUACAGCUCUCGCCAUUCUUUUUUCUGGAGGCACCUUUACAUAUUUUAAAAAAUGGGCCAAACAUCUGCACCUAAACUUCAUGGGGAAUAAAACCUUUUUUGAAAUUCAAAAGGCAUACCUCAACUCAGAAAGGAAACAGAUGAUCAGGACGGAGCAGGAAGGGAUCUGUUCAAAGGGGCUCCAUCAACAGCUGGAAGUGACUCCGCUUCCCAUUUCAGAUCCUCUGAAGAAAAUCAAGGCCAAGUCGAGGGGAACAGAGAAAUUAACUCUAUCAUCAUGGUCAAGUUAUGAAAAGAUAUCCUCAAUAUCAAUGACUUCUACUGGGACUUGCCUACCUAACACACUGUCAAGUCUUGCACAUGUGUCAGCCUCUGAAAGAGGAAAAACAAGUCAGCAAGAUGAUGUUGAACAUCAGAGUGAAACUGCACCUAAGGCAACAGAGGUGGACAGGCUCCAGGGCAGUUUUGAGGAGAUGGAGGUCACCAUUGACGAGCAUGAAUGCACUAGUGUGAAGAACAGAAUAUCUGACUUAGAUAAUGAUAUGGAAAACGUCACAGAAACAACUGAUCUCAGAGCUGCAGGAGCAGAUGACAGCUGUGAUGAAAGAGUCUACGUACCACUCAUUCCUAAUCAGAGGUCUGCAACAUCAGAGCUUUUACUGGAAUGUGAAGAGGAGGCGCUGGAGCCGUGGCAGGAACAAACUUCAAAAGUUCACUUGAAAGAUGAGGAUGACUUUGUGGAGUUGACUGAUGACCAAACAGAUUAUAAACCUUCACCUCUUCAGAGAAAUGCAGUGAAUACUUCACCAUCUAAGUUGAAAACAGAAACCCCAGAGCCUGUUGUCUGCAACAACCAAGGAUUCAUUGUGGCUUCACCACAAUUAACAAGCAACACUGAGUUCAUUGGCUCUGUCGGGACACAGUGUCUUCCCAGGAAUUCAUUUGCAAUAGUUCCAGCUGGUCACCAGCAACUUCUCCAGAAAGUGUCUACAGCCACAGUAACACCUGAGGCCUAUGGUGGUGUCCAAUCUUCUGAGAUGCAACAAAUCAGCGACAACCCUGUGUCCUUGUCCAGUGUCCAGGGUCCUGCAUUAUAUACAACACUGUCUAACCAGCUGCAGUCAGACCAGUCUGACUCACAGGCCCUCUCUGUAUCUGUUUCCCUGCCUUGCUUUACCAUACUUGAAUUUGAAUCAACUGGCACAUCAAACAACCAAGAAAUAUAAAAUUUAAGUGUAGAAAGAGAACAGAAACAGUUACAAUGGAUACAUUCAGGAAGUUGGCUCACUUAAAUUUUUCAUAUCAGUUGCACAAAUAAAGAAGAUGCAAGUUAUCUGCAUAUUUAUGCAUCUGUGCACGCCACUGAAUCUGUUGGCUCUUCUAACAUGGCUGCAGUCUGGGGAGCCCUGCACACAACACCUGUUACCUCCUUUUUCCAAGUCCAAAUGAAAAGAAAUUGUUGGCAGCAUGUCAGUUACAUUCCACUUCACUU